ACGCUUGACAAUUAGUAUGGUUGAAUUGACGCUGCUGCAUGCUGGCUGAUCGCAUCGCAUUCCAAUGUGAGCGAGAUGUAACCGCUGUGCGGACUUUAUGUUUCAUAAACCGUCGUCAGCCGCAUUUUAAAGGAAUAAAAUGUCCAACUUGAAGGAGUCAAACACUUGCCCUGACGGCUACAGAGCUUUAAGCACAAGUGAGCUUAGGGAGCUUUUACAAAACGACGACAAAAUGGACCAAAUCCUUCGACUCAAUGAAAAGUUUCAGGAGCUUCAGGUGGACAGGGAGAUGCUGCAGACGACCAAUCGAAGCUUAGCCGAGGAGAGCCUCGCCCGACAGCCCCGACUUUAUAACGGCAAACUCCAACUGGCGGAAAAAUACCGGGAACUGUCCAACCUGGCAACCACAUGCUGGGAAAAACAGAGUCAGCGUGAGGCUCGUGUCCAGAAGCACAGCCUGCAGACGGCGCAGAACCUCCUGCAGGAAGAGGUGGCACAUGCUGAGGAGCAGUCCGAGGAGCUGCUGGAGAAAUUCAUGGAGGGAAAUAUAAUCCUGGAUGAGUUCCUGGACUCCUUCCAAAGCUCCAGGAAGACAUAUCAUAUCCGCCGGGCUCAAGUGGAGAAGAUGCAGGAGGUCGCACAGGCCAAGCGGCAGCCGAGUAAAACCAAGAGAGCGGAGGAGAACAAAGGGGUUAAGAAGGACUCGGAGCAGCCCCAGGAGCCUCAGCGGCCCAACGGCUUCGUGGCACAGGGACCCCUUAGAGUGUUCCAGGUACGCUACGGCCUCACGCCAGCCAUCCUCCUCCCUCAUUACCCUGUUUCCCCACCUGCCUCAGCUCCAAGCUAUCAAAGUAGCAUCCCCACAUCUGAACCCCAGCUGGGACAGACCCACAUCCUCAGCCCCAGCACCCCUCUCCCAGGACACGGUCAGCCAGUUGGCCUCAGAGUCAUCGGACAGUUACCGGGUGGCUGGCCGGCUAACGGGCGGCCGGUGAGAGUGCAGCAGCUUUACAGGCCGAACCCUCAACAGCCUGAACCCCCGUACCGAUAAGUUUCAGGAGGGAGGAGGAAGAUGAGAAGCCCGUUUGAGAGAUCUUCCAAGACAUGGAACCAAACAGUGGCUGUUAAAAUCAUGUAAGCAAAGACUGAUCCAGAGACAGGCAGCACUGCAGACGUCCAUUUCUGUUCUCCAUCCAUGACACACACAUGAAACCAGAGCAGAGUCAGGUAGGCGGCAGGUGACUAGGAACCAGUAGGGAGGACUAGGGAUGGGUUCCGAUAGCCAGAACAGUUAAGCUCCGACGUUAAAGAAUCUCUUAUGAAACCUUUUAUCUCUCCUUUAGUUUUUCAUUUAUAAUCGAAAAAAAUUAGACCAAUCCGGCGGCCGAUUUAUGUGGCUUGCAAACGCCGUCACCAGUGGAACACGUUUACCCUUUGAGUAAAAGCAGAGAUGUUCGGGUUAAUCAGGGUCAGCAGUUGCUUCCCUUCUGUCAAGUUAUUCAAUCUCAAACCACCAGUCUGAAAUUAAUUCUGACAAAGAUUAGGGAAAGAAAAGAAAAAACAUUAAUGUAGCGCUUCUGUCCGACCUCCACAUUCUGGAUGUAUUUAGGUUGUGAACGUGAACUAAGCUGUCACUAAAUAUUGUAGUGUUUCUGCCUCCUCCGCUAACAAAAAGUGAUUACAUAUCUUCUUAUUUAAACCUUUAUUACUUGCACAUGUUUACAGCUAAACCUGAGAUGCAAUACGGGAUUUCAAAGGAUUCAGACUCUAUGGAAUGCUAUCGAACCCAGUCCUUAGAGAUGUUUGAUUUUAUUAUUAUAAUUUGAAUUUUAUACUGUACACAUAGGGUUGUGAAGCACAACUUCAACACUGAGGAAAAAAAGGAUCCCUUUGUUCAUUCAUAAACUUUAGGUCAGAGAGAGGCUUUGAGAAGAGCCAUCAGCAUGAAUGAUGGCAUCAAUAAAGUGGUGUUUAAUAUAAACUCUCUUUGUUUUUCAUGUUAUCAAAGAAUAACAUUCAUACUUGGAAAUAUUCCCAAGAUCAUGAAUGCUUAUAUUAGAUUGCCGCAGAGUUAAAACAAAAAACCGAGCAGGUGGUAUUUAUUAAUAAUUCCCAGACUUUAACCUGUCUAUUAUUUGCAGUGUCAUGUGUGUUAGCAUCACAAAUGAUUCCCCAAAGCCGUCUGCCUUCUAGUGCCAUUUCAUGAGCAGUGUUUGAGCUCACACGAUUUAUUUAUUCAUGUAAAUCCUAUUUUAAAUGGCUGACUUCAAAGCUUCUUGUUUACCGUGCUAAAUGAAGAGCUGCAUCUCUCUUACAUGGCAGGCUGUGUUUUUAUCCCCCCCCCCCCCCCCGAAUUGAGAUGCAGAGUGAGAGGAAUUUAAUCUCUAUGAGAACGCUGGCACUCUGCAAGCACACAGUGGAGGAUGAGGACGUUUAGGAAGUUUCCUUAUCAUUUUACUCUCCUAUUUUCUCAUUAUUCAUCCUACAGCAUCU